GUGAGGUCAAGAUGCUUCCGGUCCGAGCGGUAAACAUUUUGCGGCCCACCGGGGCGUUCGGAAUGGACCUACCGAGACCGACACCGGGGCAGACCCCGCUAUCCCCACCCGUUUGCGCCGUGCAAUGCAUGUCAUGGUCGAGGACAUGGCUAAAUACACCUUCCCCUGAAACCUGGGCCGGUCAGAUUAGGAAAUACGCCGAGGGAUUUCUUAACCUCGGCCUCCAGUGAUUGGGGGUUAUCAGGGUGCUCGGAAUAUCUAUACCGUCUAACAUCUGGCGAUAUCAUCUGCCGGAAGCAGUCCUGGCGCCGAUCUCAUUCGUCUUCAUCUCAACACGCCUCUUCCCGCCGGGACUCCAAGAUGGCAAGCAACGAAUUGUAUAGGCUGACCGCCUGUCAAGUCGCAGCGGGCACACGCUCCGGCUCAUUCACCGUCGAGGAAUAUGCAAAAUCGCUGCUGGCCCAUAUCAAGGAGAGGGACGACGCCGUCAAGGCCUGGGCAUACCUGAGCCCAGAACAGGUCCUCGAACAGGCGAGACAGCUGGACAAGGUCCCGCCGGAGAAGCGAGGCCCCCUCCACGGCGUGUCCGUCGCAGUCAAGGAUGUCAUCUACACCAAGGACAUGCCGACGCAGCACAACUCCCCCCUCUACAAGGACAGCAACACCGGCGUGGACGCCGGGUCCAUAAUGAUCAUCCGCAACGCCGGCGCCCUCAUCCUGGGCAAGACCGCGACGACCGAGUUCGCCGCCACCACCGAGGGCCCCGCGACCUGCAACCCCCACGACACGAGCCGGACGCCCGGCGGCUCCAGCUCCGGCUCCGGCGCCGCCGUGGCCGACUUCCAGGCGGCCAUCGCGCUCGGGACGCAGACCGGCGGCAGCAUCAUCCGCCCCGGGUCGUUCAACGGCAUCUACGCGCUCAAGCCGACGUGGAACGCCAUCACGCGCGAGGGGCAGAAGAUCUUCUCGGUCAUCCUCGACACGUUCGGGCUGUACGCCCGCUCCGUGGGGGACCUGGAGCUGCUGGCCGACGUGCUCCAGCUGAGGGACGACUCGCCGCCGUUCCCGGGGUCCGGCGGGCAGCUCGAGCUGAGGGGGGCCAGGCUCGCGUUCGUCAAGACGGUGGUGUGGGACGGGUUCGUGGAGCCGGGCACCGAGUCGGCGAUGGCCAGGGCCGUGGAGCUCCUGAGGGCCCACGGCGCCGAGGUGGAGGAGAUCGAGUUCCCGGAGGAGCUGAAGGCGCUGCCGAAGUGGCAUAUGGUCGUCUUUAGGACCGACGGCCGGACUGCGUUCCUCCCGGACUAUCUUGUGGCCAAGGACCAGGUCCACGAGCAGCUGCACGAGCAUGUCGAGAACGUACACAAGCACACCCACGCCGAGCAGCUGGAGGCGUUCGACCGCAUGGCUGCGGCCAGGCCAAUCGCAGAUGCACUGCUGUCCAAGUACGAUGCGGUCUUGACUCCGUCUGUGCCGGGAGAAGCUCCGGUCGGGCUCAAGAGCACGGGCUCCGCCAUCUUUCAGUUGAUAUGGACGGCUCUUCAUGUUCCAAUUAUCAACCUUCCUGGCUUUCAAGGAGAGAAUGGUAUGCCUGUGGGAAUCUCAGUCGUGGCGCCGAGGUACCGCGACCGGAAGCUGCUGGCAGCGAGCAGAUCGAUUGGAAAGAUUCUCGCGGAAGAGGGUGGUUGGAAGUCGGGGCUGUAGCAGACACGACUCUUUAUGGCUUGUGAAUUCCCCAUUUUAAGACUUCAGUGUAUUGUAUACCCAAAUGUGGACAAACUCGCCCGGUCUAGUCAUAUCCGGGUUUGGGGAAAGCCAGGAUGCACGUGCGAAGUCAUUGGACGCGAUGAUAGAUAGUCCGGAUCAACAAUAUUACAAUGCACGGAG